ACUCACGCAGUCAAAUAAUGGAAUUUUUUUGGACUUUCGCAGCUCGAUAGCACAGCACGGAGAAGAGAGGAAGGGGGUUUUGCCGAUCGGCGAAAUAAUGAGGAAGAGGAAAACUCCCACUUCCCGUGCUAAAGCAAGUCGCCAGCGGCCACCAGCAGCGGCGGCGGUGGCGGCAAUGAUGAAGAGGUCGAUUCCCGCCGGCGAUCUCUCUCUCCAUCUCGAAAGAAUGCCUCGUUUCCCGCUUCACCCGCUCUCCGCUCCUCCUCCUACCGCUCCUUCUCGCUUCCAGAGGAAGCUUCUGGAAGUUUUGGAAGGCUGCGAUGCUCUUUCCUCUGUCGAUGAUGGCGGGGAGGACGUCGCGGUGGAUAGGGAUUGCAUCCUGAGCCAAGAUUUUUUCUGUACUCCGGAUUAUAUUACUCCAGAAAUACCGAAUAAUUUGAACCCGAAUAAGGAGAACAUUGCUUGCCCCAAAUCCCCUGAAAAAUCGAUUAGGAACAAGAGACAUAGGCAAGUUUGUACUUCAUGCACUUUGUCAUCCACCAAUGUUCAACUCCAUGAAGAGGAUGCUGAACUCAAGUUCGAUGAAUUUGGCUCAGAUGAUAUUGGUGAAAAGAAACAACGUUAUGUUUCUCAAUCUGCAGUAGCUUUGCGCUACCGAGUUAUGCCUCCUCCUUGCAUCAGGAAUCCAUAUCUAAUUGAGAAUUCAUCAAAUGCACUUGAUGUUUUCGGGGAUCGGAUAGCAAAAAUGACAGGUUUCUCCCCAUCAAUUGGUGGAGAUAACAUUUCACGUUACCGCACAGAUUUCCAUGAAGUAGAGCAAAUUGGCAGUGGAAAUUUUAGCCAUGUUUUCAAAGCGUUAAAGCGAAUAGACGGUUGUCUUUAUGCUGUGAAGCAUAGUAUAAAGCAAUUCCAUAAUGACAUGGAAAGGAAGUAUGCAUUGAGGGAAGUUCAAGCUCUAGCAGCCUUAGGUUAUCAUGCUAAUAUUGUUGGAUAUCAUACUUCUUGGUUUGAAAAUGACAAACUUUAUAUUCAAAUGGAACUUUGUGACCAUAGCCUAUCGAAAGGCCACAUACCAACGAGUGGAGAUGUACUCGAAGUUUUAUAUCAGAUGGCUACUGCACUGAAUUUUAUGCAUGAGCGAGGCAUAGCCCAUAUGGAUGUGAAGCCUGAGAAUAUUUAUGUGAAAAAUGGUGUUUAUAAGCUUGGAGAUUUUGGAUGUGCAAUUCUUACUGAUAAGAGUUUGCCGAUUGAAGAAGGAGACUCAAGGUAUAUGCCUCAGGAAAUACUCAAGGAUAAAUAUGAGCAUCUUGAUAAAGUUGAUAUAUUUUCUUUGGGAGCAGCCAUAUAUGAACUUGUUAAAGGUUCACCCCUUCCUGAAUCCGGUCCUCUGUUCUGUAAUCUUAGAGAGGGCAAGAUACCCUUGCUUCCUGGCUAUUCCAUGCAAUUUCAGAGCGUUCUGAAGGCUAUGAUGGAUCCUGAUCCAUUGAAGAGGCCUUCUGCAAGAGAGAUAAUGGAGAAUCCCAUCUUUGAGAGAGUGAAGAAAACUACUACCUCAAGAAAGGAAUAAGAACAAUUUUGGUCUAGUUUUUGAAAUUUGGGGAGCUGGGGUUUUAAGAAAGGUUUUCAUGUAUCAAUUAUAUCUUUUUGUUAAUGACUCAGCUCCCAUUAUCUUGUUAUUGCAAAGAUGUUCAGUGAUCGAUUAA